AAACAAAGAAAAAGCGUCAAUUUCAAUUCGAACAAGAAUUUUCACUUACAUUUCUUUUUUGUUUCGAAGUUUGGCUCAUGAUUAUGUCUGUCUAUGCACCUCAGUCUAUUCUAUUCAAUCUCGUUGGAAUUUGUCUAAUGUGUGAUGGGAAAGUACUGGCUAUCUCAUAUUUAGUAGAUCUGUCGUUAAAUUGGAAUUUGGAUCCUGGGUAUUCAAUCAUACCUACCUAGAUGCUGUGUCUCUCGAUCGUUCCUUGUUCUGGCCUGGACCCCGUGACCCUGCCCUAUUUCCUAUAUUAGACAGUCUUCCAGUAUUUCCUCUGCCUAGAACACCUACAACACCAGCACUCACCUUGUCAUCUCUAUCUCUUCCAUCGUCAUUAUCAUUGCCUCGUCAUUAUUUAUUUAUCAGUCAUUCGACUAGGUUAAUAUCGAUACCCUUUGAGACAGGAUGCCUGAAUCUGUGUCUGGUGAUGAGUUUGAAGAUGAUUUCAUUGUCGACAUCGAUGGCAUUCAAGCCCAUGGCAUCAGUGCCGCAGAUAUCACGAAGCUCAAAGCGAAUGGAUUUUACACUGUUGCCUCUGUCCAUGGCGCCACGCGAAAGACUCUUUUGAAGAUUAAGGGAUUCAGUGAAGUCAAGGUUGAAAAGGUUAAAGAGGCUAUUCAGAAAUUUCAGCCCUCUGCUUCCGGGUUCAUCACAGCUAUGGAGUUAUGCCAUCAACGGAAGAGAGUGGUUCGGAUCUCAACCGGGAGCAAGCAGUUUGACUCCAUUCUUGGAGGGUGAGUCUCUGCAUUUUAAUGCUGUGAAUAUCUCUGACCAUAUACUAGUGGGUUCCAGAGCAUGAGUAUCAGUGAAGUCUUCGGCGAGUUCCGGUGUGGUAAAACACAGCUUUCACACACAAUGUCAGUCAUGGCACAGCUUCCCAAGGAGAUGGGCGGUGCAGAUGGUAAGGUUGCGUACAUUGAUACUGAGGGAACAUUUC